AUCCGUGGAGCGGACGGACUAUUAGGGAAAGGGUGGGGAUGGAGAAGUUGGUGUUUUAGUCGUGUUGUAGAGCUGAAUCUGUGUUUUCGAUGGAAGAACAAGACCAAAUGCAGAGCUCCAUAGAAGUAGAAGAAUUAGAAGAACAACAACAACGAGAAGGAAAACGUUUGGAGGAAGAGAAUGUAGUGCGAUUUCUUGAUUCGUUGGAUAGUUACGUAACCCUGUUAGACUCAUUGUCCUCGACACUCCGUCAGGGAUGGCUGGAAUUGGCCAGUGCUCGACAAUCCAUGGGUGCGUCACGAAUCAAUGGUGCUUUGUUGGACCUGAAAUCCCACUCUGCUGCUACAUCGUUGCAAGUAACUCAUCAUGAUGAUGAAAUUUUGAACCAACCACAUUUUACAUUGUGCAAAUGGGCAUCCUCUAAAAAUGGAUAUGGAGACGAAAACCUCAGGGAGAACAAAUUGCAGACAAACUCUGAUGGUCCACAGCUUAGACACCGAUCCCAGUUUGCUGGAACUCCAGAGAAAAUUCCAGAAACAAAGGGAGUUCCUCUUAUAGUCGAUGAUCAAGUUCAAAAGGAGCGAACUAAAUCACUAUCAAUGUUUGGGACUUUGGUUUCCCCAAAGCUUCGAGCUGCUCAACUUUCAUUUGAGACAGCUCUGGAGACACUUGUAGAAAUAGCAAAUGUGCGUUUGACAAUGCUUUCUACUUCUGACCAAGUCCGUAAAGAACUGGAAGUUACCGAGGGAUUGACAAGAGGAGGUCUAUAAAACCCUAUUGCUUAGAUGCAUCACCCCGGCAUGGUUUCUCUCACAAGUCACAACUCAACCAGGCAAUAUACUUUAACAAAAUAGCAGCAGCGUCAGAGUGGGUCUAAUGUAACAAUGAUACCAUGAUGAUUAUGCUUACUUUUAAUCUUUGCAUCCAGCUUUGGAAUUCAGAAAUGGGAAAUAAAAAAUCUAGUACCAAUAGGUUCUGUAUUACCUAAAGGUUUUCAUUUGAUCAUGCUUACGGGAUCUUCCUCAUAAGAUAAGCAAGAAAAGGCUCGCAUUCAGUGAUGGGAAUUGUCGAAAAUUAAAAAUUAAAAAUCUAAGGUCUCAAACAAUUGUGAGUUAUGUGCCAAAUUUGUUGAACUAAAGCCACUUCUGGAACAGCAUGAAACUGCCAGUUAUAACGACUUCAACGAUCUAGAGUUUGUUACUUAAAGAACAAGCUUUUUAAUUUCUGUGUUCUUUCAUCACCGAAAAAAACAGAACAACAAGGCCAUAUACCGUACAGCAAAAUACGGACAAAAUAAAAAAUAAAAAACAACAAUACAACCGUCGAGAUUUAGUUCCAAGCUAUAUACAUUACAACAAAAAAUGGCUACCAUCAACAACCCCGGAAACAAAAUGGG